CCGAUGGAAAUAAAACAAACUAAAAUUCACUCGCAAUUUGAGCCAAAAUAAGAUCAAAAGCUAACGGUUAGAUUAAGUGGUUGAUAAGUAGGCAUAGGUGAGUAGUAGCAUCAAUAUUCUUCGCAAAGGAGCGUGUCAUAGGGAGAUGAAAGUACAAAGAGAAAUUGUUGCCAUGUCCUUUGAGAAUCAUAGCCUAUUAUCCCAAUGCAUAUGCAUGUAUGUAGUAUAAGCAGAGCAGAAUAAAAUAAAUAUUGCCCAGUGUGUGAGGGACGGAAAAAUUUGCUGGGACUGGGAGAAGGCUCCUCGCUUCGUUUUAUCAUCGCCCGCUAUCUUUGCUAGAAAAAUCGUUGUAGUGGAUGGUGGCAGUAGAAGUUACUCUUUCUCUCGUCUUCCGCUCUUCGAUUCGGAUGUCCGGUUCUUUACCAGCUAUUCAAAGGCUUCUUGUGGAUUGGGAAAUCCUAGGGUUUUCGAUCGGAAAGGUCUCCUUGUCCGCCUGAUUUAGUGUCUCGGACGUUUGGCUUGGACUGGUAGAUGAGAGUUAGAUAGAAGAGAAGAAGGAGCUCCAUUUCUUAUGACGGCGUUUCUGUUUCUUGCCGAUGAAUAAUGAGAUUAUCAUACUCAAUUCCUUUUGAUGUUUUGAAGAAUUUUUGGCUCCUAGAGAUAAGAGGAAGCUAUCAUAGUUGCUGAUAUUUGUUGAUAGGGGAAGGUUGACUUUGAGCCAUGCCUUCUCUUCAACUUUUGCAAUUAACCGAGCAUGGUCGAAGUUUUCUGGCUUCAAGGAGGAGAACUCUACUGCUUGCCACUGGUAUCUUAGUUGCUGGAGGAACUGCUGCCUAUGUGCAAUCACGGUUCAGCUGUAGAAAGCCUGACUCUUUCAGUCAUCAUAAUGGGGUUGAUGAUACUAAUAAAAAUUCAGAAGUGGUUCAGGAUAAUAAUGUAAAGAAAACAACCCGAAAGAAAGGAGCAUUGAAGUCACUUCAAGUCCUUGCUGGAGUUCUACUGUCUGAGAUGGGAAAAAUGGGUACGAGGGACCUGUUAGCUUUAGCAGCUAUAGUGGUUUUUCGAACUGCUUUGGGCAACAGGCUGGCAAAAGUACAAGGAUUUUUAUUUCGUGCUGCUUUUCUUCGACGUGUACCAUUAUUUUUCCGGUUGAUUUCAGAAAAUAUUCUAUUGUGUUUCCUCCUUUCAGCCAUGCAUUCAACUUCAAAUUACAUUACAGGGACCUUAAGUCUGCGAUUCAGAAAAAUAUUGACAAGACUUAUCCAUGCUCAUUAUUUUGAGAAUAUGGCGUAUUACAAAAUAUCACAUGUUGAUGGACGGAUUAAUAAUCCUGAACAACGAAUUGCAAGUGAUGUACCUAGGUUCUGUUCGGAGUUGAGUGAACUUGUACAGGAUGAUCUAACCGCAGUGACUGAUGGUCUGCUCUAUACUUGGCGCCUGUGUUCUUAUGCCAGCCCUAAAUAUGUGUUUUGGAUAUUGGCCUAUGUAGCAGGAGCAGGGGCCAUGAUCAGAAACUUUUCUCCUUCUUUUGGGAAACUUAUGUCCAAAGAACAACAAUUGGAAGGAGAUUAUAGGCAACUUCAUUCACGAUUAAGGACACAUGCAGAAAGCAUAGCAUUUUAUGGUGGAGAAAGGAGAGAAGAAUCUCACAUUCAGCAAAGGUUUAAAACCCUGGUUAGGCAUAUGAGUGUUGUCCUUCACGAUCAUUGGUGGUUUGGCAUGAUUCAGGACUUCUUGCUGAAGUAUCUUGGGGCUACUGUUGCCGUUAUCUUGAUUAUUGAGCCCUUCUUUUCUGGCCAUCUACGACCUGACACUUCAACCAUAGGUCGUGCAGAGAUGUUGAGCAAUUUAAGAUAUCAUACUAGUGUUAUAAUCUCACUAUUUCAGUCUCUUGGGACUCUUUCUAUAAGUUCAAGGCGACUUAAUCGUCUCAGUGGUUAUGCUGACCGCAUUCAUGAGUUAAUCGUCAUAUCAAGAGAGCUAAGUGCAGUUAACGAUAGAUCAUCUCUGCAGAGAGAUGGGAGCUCCAACUACAUUAGUGAAGCUAAUUACAUUGAAUUUGCUGGUGUCAAGGUUGUUACCCCCUCUGAAAAUGUCUUGGUGGAUAAUUUGACUCUUAGGGUUGAAUCAGGAUCUAAUCUUUUGAUCACAGGUCCAAAUGGUAGUGGGAAGAGCUCACUUUUCCGAGUUUUAGGCGGCCUCUGGCCUCUAGUAUCUGGCCACAUCGUGAAACCUGGGGUUGGUUCUUAUCUUAAUAAGGAGAUUUUCUAUGUGCCACAGCGACCAUACACUGCUGUGGGAACGCUGAGGGAUCAGUUAAUUUAUCCUCUUACCGUCGAUCAAGAGGUUGAAUCUCUCACUCCUAGUGGAAUGGUGGAACUAUUGAAAAAUGUUGACCUUGAGUACCUGUUAGAGCGCUACCCACCUGAGAAAGAGAUAAACUGGGGAGACGAACUAUCUCUGGGUGAGCAACAGAGAUUGGGGAUGGCCAGACUGUUCUAUCAUAAGCCUAAAUUUGCAAUUCUUGAUGAAUGCACGAGUGCCGUCACUACCGAUAUGGAGGAACGCUUUUGUGCUAAAGUUAGAGCAAUGGGAACAUCAUGCAUAACUAUAUCUCAUCGACCAGCACUAGUUGCAUUUCAUGAUGUGGUGUUGUCCUUGGAUGGUGAAGGAGGCUGGAGUGUUCAUUAUAAAAGUGACUCAAGGGAGGAUUCUCCAGUCGUUAGCCAACCAGAGAUCACCAUGAUGAAGAGUUCUGACAAAGAACGCCAGAGUGAUGCAAUGGUAGUGCAACAAGCAUUUUCUGCAGCAGGAAAGAAUUCUACUCUCUCAAGUUCCAAAGCACAAUCAUACAUCACCAAGGUGAUCGCUGUGUCUCCUCCUGUGGUUAAAACAGUUCCCUUGCCAGUUUUUCCACAACUCCAAACGGCUCCAAGAGUCUUGCCACUUAGAGUGGGUGCUAUGUUCAAAAUACUGGUACCAACAUUACUUGAUAGACAAGGAGCUCAAUUCCUCGCAGUUGCUUUGCUUGUUGUAUCAAGAACAUGGAUCUCAGAUCGCAUUGCCUCACUGAAUGGAACCACUGUGAAGUAUGUUUUGGAGCAGGAUAAGGAAUCCUUUAUUCGGUUAAUUGGUGUUAGUGUUCUUCAAAGUGCUGCAUCUUCUUUUAUUGCACCUUCUUUAAGGCACUUGAAAGCCAGGCUGGCCCUUGGGUGGAGGAUCCGUUUGACUCAACAUUUAUUGAAGAACUAUUUGAGAAAUAAUGCAUUUUACAAGGUCUUUCACAUGUCAAGCAAAAAGAUUGAUGCAGAUCAGAGAAUAACUCAUGAUCUGGAAAAGUUGACCACUGAUUUGUCAGGACUAGUUACGGGAAUGGUAAAGCCAUCUGUGGACAUUCUCUGGUUCACGUGGAGAAUGAAGCUGCUAACUGGUCAGAGGGGAGUUGCCAUAUUGUACGCUUAUAUGUUACUGGGUCUGGGUUUCCUAAGAACUGUUGCUCCUGAUUUUGGUGAUUUGGCAAGUCAAGAGCAACAACUUGAAGGAACGUUUAGGUUCAUGCAUGAAAGACUGCGUACUCAUGCUGAAUCUGUUGCUUUCUUUGGGGGUGGUGCUAGAGAAAAAGCUAUGAUUGAGUCAAGAUUCAGGGAGCUUCUGACUCACUCCAUGUCACUUCUGAAAAAGAAAUGGCUGUUUGGCAUACUUGAUGAUUUUAUCACAAAGCAACUCCCUCAUAAUGUGACUUGGGGGUUGAGCUUGUUAUAUGCCAUGGAACACAAGGGUGACCGAGCAUUGGUUUCUACUCAAGGUGAGCUGGCACAUGCAUUGCGCUUCUUAGCUUCUGUUGUAUCUCAAAGCUUUUUAGCUUUUGGUGACAUCCUUGAAUUGCAUAAAACAUUUCUUGAGCUCUCUGGUGGCAUUAACCGAAUUUUUGAGCUGGAAGAGCUUCUACAUGCUGCACAGUCUGCAAAUUCGAUGUCUGAUAUUAAAUCAGAAUCAAACAGGAGAGAUAUCUUCUCUGAAGAGACCAUCUCCUUCUCUGAGGUGGAUAUCAUUACCCCAGCACAAAAAAUGUUGGCUAGGCAGUUGAGAUGUGAUAUAGUACCCGGGGAAAGCCUGCUUGUUACUGGUCCGAACGGGAGUGGGAAAAGUUCGGUCUUCAGAGUCCUUAGAGGUCUAUGGCCCAUUGUAAGCGGAAGACUCACUAAGCCAUCCCAACAUAUUGAUGAACUGGCAGGAUCUGGUUCUGGUAUUUUUUAUGUUCCUCAGCGACCUUAUACGUGCUUAGGAACUCUGAGGGAUCAAAUUAUAUAUCCUCUCUCCUGUGAAGAAGCGGAAUUGAGGGUACUAAAGUUAUAUGGAAAAGGUCAAAACAUUCCUGACGCCAAGAACAUACUGGAUUCGCGUUUGAAAACUAUUUUGGAGAAUGUUCGAUUAAAUUAUCUUUUGGAAAGAGACGAAGGUGGUUGGGAUGGUAACUUGAAGUGGGAGGACAUUCUUUCUCUUGGAGAACAGCAGAGAUUAGGCAUGGCACGCCUUUUCUUUCACAAGCCCAAGUUUGGCAUCCUUGAUGAAUGUACCAACGCAACAAGUGUUGAUGUUGAAGAACACCUUUAUAGGCUUGCAAAGAAUUUGGGUAUCACAGUUGUUACAUCCUCGCAACGUCCAGCCCUAAUACCUUUCCAUUCCACGGAAUUACGGCUAAUUGAUGGUGAGGGAAACUGGGAACUUCGAUUAAUCAAGAAUUGAGCGCGACUCUGCUAGUAUCUGCAAUCCAACUUCCUUUUAUGUGCCGUGUAAGAUAUUAUUAAUUCUUACGCGUUUGUGGUGGGACAAGCCAAAAGUAGAUAUUCAUCUUUCGUUUCUGCCUAGCUUCUGGCAAAUACCCGCCACCAUUUAUUGUGCUUCAUACUUAUUGAGGGGCCAAAGCAUCCACAGAUCAAUCCAAGCUCAGAAACUAUUGAAUAGCGGAUAUAAUAAUAAGAUUGAAUAGUAGUCGCGUAUCCUAGCUUCUGUAGCAUAACGUUGUCCUUUCUGUACAGUUUUUCUUCUCUUCUUUUUUGUUUUUUCAACCUUUGCCCUUUCAGCUAGCUAUUCAAUCAGUCAUAUGUUGUAAUGAUUCGAUAUAUAUAUAUAAAUAUAUAUAUAUAUAGAUUAUUGAUCA